AUGGCAGCAGACGACGGCAGCAUUUGCGUUGCAAUAGACGGCGUGGCAACGAAGCUGACGCCGAUCGUCAAUGACGAUGGGAGCCAUGUUUGGCAAGAGAACGGCUAUGCGUACAGGACAGAAGGCGGGACAGUUAUGUCCGUAGUGCUUGCGGAUCAGCAGCCGCCUACCGGCACCCAGUCGCCAGCAGCAGCAGAAACGGCGGCACAGGAGGCACCUGCAGAAGUGGCACGGGGCGUGCCGGAAUCAGAUACCACUGAACUGUGGUCUGAAAGCAGGACACGGUUCCUGAUUUCGGACUACAAGGAAAAGAAGGCUCUUCUUGGGAAAAAAGGGGGCUUCCGGACGAAGAAGGCACUGUGGCAAGCCCUUGCCAAUGCAAUAAACAAAUGCUUUGAUUGCAAUGUGAGCCCAAUUCAGGCCGAAAAUAAAUGGAAGAGUUUAGAAAGGGCAUACAAACGAGCAAAGACGAAGAACAACUCCUCAGGCCAUUCGCGCGUCAACUGCAGCCAUGAAGAGGAGCUAGGUGAGGUACUGGAGCGCGAGCAUCACAUUGCACCCCCAUUCCUUUUAGCCCCAGGAAAAGUAAUACAGGCUGAAGAUUUAUGGUAAGACUGCCUGAGCUUAAUUAUGGAGCAGUUCCAAAAAAAUUAUGCAGCAGUUCCAAAAAGUGUUUUCAACCUA